AUGGCUGCAGACGUUGCGCAAUACCUGCACGCCACUUUGUAUCGGUUCAACGAACAGGCCAGGGCUGAGGUCGUGACUCGAUUUCGCAAGGCAAUUGGGGAUGACGAGAUCAAUAUCUCCUACUCGUCCAUCACUGACGUAUUCUUUCUUCAAUGCGAUUCUCAGCAAGGCGCCGCGGCCGACUUCGAGCUCAAUCGAGUCAUCAAUGAAUACAUCAAUGAGGAAAUCCAAACAGCCGAGAAGGAAGAUCGUGUACCUCAUAUCGUUCGCUUCCCGGAAAGCAACUUCGAUGACCUGGCCGUAGUGGACGAGGGCAAAGAGCGACCUGAUAGUUCACGCCUCGCGCGACAACCACGAAGCUCUAUUCCUCGCACGCAGAUUGUCAUCGCACCGGAAGACGAAGCAAAAGUGGUGAAGUUGUUCCCGCUCCACGAGCUUCAAGCCCAUGGGCUACUGGAAAGAUGUCUGGCGUCACUCACCAACAAGUCCGAGACGCUUCUUAACACAGGCCUCGUUUGUCGCGCGGCGCGAUGGUGUCCGCAAGACGGUCACAUCUUCAAUGGACGUACCGCUGGCCGCAGCUCCGUGUCAGUCUCCGAGCAGACCUUGGACCUGCCCCCCUUUGGGAUUUUUUUUGACCGCAGAGAAGGAGUGCAGCUCCUUGAGCCACCAAACACCAAUCGAGAGGAAAACACUACCGUCAAACAGUGGCUCGAAGGCAUCGGCCAGACGCGACAGGGGCCAUUGGACGCCAGCGUGGACAUCCCAAAGGACGCGAAGCAACACUUAGCUUCGGCUCAAACACACACUGCCGGACGUGCUCGUGUGGUGAAAGGCUUAGCUAUCGUGCCAGCCGAUCAGGCUUCUGACAAAUCGGGAGAAUCGUCAGAGAGCGAAAGUGACGACGAUGACUUUGCAGCGAUACUCCAACCAACGUCCACUCCGAGCAUGGUCCCAUUCAGGGAAACAAGCAAGAGGCAAGCUCUAAACACUGGAGAUAGCGCGAAGCAUCACCCGUCGCUACAAGCCUCUGCCGUAAACACCAGUAACGGUCCUUUGUUACGCGAUCUCAAGAAGGAACACAUCGUUGGCGAUGUUCAUUCUUGCGGAACGUCUGUUCUACACGAUAUGAGCAUGCUUGUACCAGAACGCAGUAUACUGAGCCACGAAGGCCGCUCUACUGCGCCUUCCACACGAGCUGUGAAACUAAGAACGAGUCAGGAAGAGCAGAAUUCGGAGCAGGAAUGGGCCACAGACAAGACACAUGCAAAGGUUGAUCCGAUUGGGCUGUUAUCUAACCCAGCGAAUACUGCACGGUGGCAGAAUGAGAAUUACGUCGCUGUGGAUCGCAAGAGCAAAGCGAAGGAAAGCCGACUGAAACCCCGAGGCAAACAGCUGGCGGACUUGUCGUCAAUCGCUGAGACUCGUCCUCACUUACGAGGCGCAGACCCCAGCCACUCAUUCGACCCCCGAGGCGACACGGGCACAGGCUCAGACCUGGCGAGCUCUGCAGCAAAGGAACAGGCUAACCGCGACGCUGAAGGUGCGGCUGUGCCCUGGUCGAUGUCAGUCGCUCACACAUGGCAGAAGACUGGCCGACUGAUUGACCCUGGGUCUCCGGAGCCAGGCUUGCAAUCAGUCAACGUGCCUCCAGGACUGAAAGGAGGGCCGGAAACUCAUCAGGAACAGCACAAAGAGGCAUCGACAGGCGUGAACACCACUGGUAUUCUUGUUGAGUUCGGAGAAGUCGCAGACCAGGAUCGUGCUGCGCAAAAUCCUGUCCAACCAGCACCACAGUUGCUUUCAGGAUCCCGCCCUCCACUUCAGCAAGGGCCUGGAGACCUCGAUGCGUUUCAAGUCGGGUCAGCACGUGGAGACCAAGGAGAGGAUACAAUCGUCGAGAGCAUCCAGCGGCUGCCCAAGAACUACGCCAAGCGGCACAACACGAUGCGGCAGAAAGCUGGAAAGAACGUCAAAGGCAAGAAGGGCAAAAAGAUGGCCGCAGACCAGAAGUUCAAGGCACAGUUGGAGCUGCCCGAUCCUGUGCCAGCCCCGAAGAGAAAGCAGCAUAUCCCGGGAAUCGCGAAAGUCGCCGUGCGAGAGACCGUUACUGGUACCAGUAAUGCUCAGACUCCGAGUGAUAACACUACACAACCUGCGAGACUGAAGCCGUCGACAAGGAUCACGAAGGACAACCAUGCGUUCGGUGAACUGCUACAAAGUGAGAAGCAGAAGCAAGAGGCGCAUGAUGAUGACAAUGAUGCGUCGCCACAUCCGCCAAAGUUGAUCGCUCGCUUGGGGUUGUUACUGCUUCGCCUAGACGAGAGAAAUCAGGAGUUUGACCGUAGCGCCACGGAUCCGAUCUCGAUGCAGACGAGUCUACGCGAGAUCAACCCACGCACACAUUUCUUGCCGAGAUUGACAACUUGCUCCGUUGAUGCUGCGAGUCUUAUCGACAGAGUACUCGUCAUCGGAGAUGCCGCAGUAUCUCAGUUUUCGUCCUCGCGUUUUGAGCUCAUUAUUCGGGAAACGGCCACAGGAAAACUCUUGAAACUCACACUCUCCGCAACAGAGCAGGACGGUGAGCCCGGGCAAUAUACUGUCAAGGCAAAUGAGCAUACACGCCUGGGAGAAGCAUGCUGCCACCUCGUUGCGCAUGUGUGGGAUGCGCAGGUGUCUCUUGUGCAGCCUGCCCCGGAUUAUGCAUUUCCGUCGCCAGAAGCCAUCAACGACUUCAUUGCAUCGAUGGCAACAGAUGAGACGCCGCCCUCUUUUCGAGCGCAGACAUCGAACGGUGUCUUCACACUUGAGAAAGUGCUCGCAAAGCGUAUUAUCGAGAUUCAAAAGCCAGGAAUGUCGUUCCAGCUGUGCGAGAUCCAAGAUCUCGUGACCGAGUAUCAGGACCUUGGCAGCUACAACUUUCGUGCGUUGGCACGGUCGCGGGAGGAGAUGAUAGAAGAGCAGAGAUAUUGGUUUGAAGCACAGUGGGAGACCACUGACCUCUCGCGAGCCGAUGACCUGCAGCUCUAUGUGAACGAGACAAUUCAGCAGAUGGACAACAUUGGCCUUAAGAAUCAGGGGCCUUACGUUGUGUCACAAGACUACCGCUCAGAUGACGAGUCGGAGGUGGUUGAACAGCCUUUCUGGUGA